AUGGCUCCAAAAGGUAAGAAGGUUGCACCAGCACCAUUAGCAUCUAAGACCACCAAGAGUGCAUCUGCAAAGAACCCAUUAUUUGAAUCUACUCCAAAGAACUUUGGUUUAGGUCAAGCAGUUCAACCAAAGAGAAACUUGUCUAGAUUUGUCAAGUGGCCAGAAUAUGUCAGAUUACAAAGACAAAAGAAGAUCUUGAACUUGAGAUUGAAGGUUCCUCCAGCUAUUGCACAAUUCUCCAAUGUCUUGGACAAGAACACUGCAGCUGCAACCUUCAAGUUAUUGAACAAGUACAGACCAGAAACCACUGCUGAAAAGAAGGAAAGAUUGACCAAGGAAGCAGCAGCUAUUGCAGAAGGCAAGAAGAAGGAAGAUGUUUCCGAAAAGCCAUAUGUUGUCAAGUACGGUUUGAACCACGUUGUUGGUUUAAUUGAAAACAAGAAGGCUAAGCUUGUUUUGAUUGCUAACGAUGUCGACCCAAUUGAAUUGGUUGUCUUCUUACCAGCUCUAUGUCACAAGAUGGGUGUUCCAUACGCUAUUGUUAAGGGUAAGGCUAGAUUAGGUACCUUAGUUCACCAAAAGACUGCUACUGUUGCUGCAUUAGUUGACGUCAAGUCUGAAGAUGAAGCUGAAUUAGCUAAGUUAGUCUCCACCAUCAAUGCCAACUACACCGAGAAGUACGACGAAUCCAAGAGACACUGGGGUGGUGGUAUCAUGGGUGCAAAGGCACAAGCAAAGAUGGCAAAGAGAGCCAAGGCUGCUGCUGCAAGCGCAACUGCAGGUAAAUAA